AUGGCUUUUAUCAAACAAUGGCCGUAUGAGCAAAGGAUGGGAGUGUUCUUUUCUACCUUUCACAUAUCUCUUUUCUUGUUUAUCAGCUUCCUGUUUGUGUUUAAAUUAAUAAGAAGAACCAAAUCCAAAACCAAUCUAAAUGUGACUCCAUCUCCACCAAAACUUCCGGUCAUCGGAAAUCUUCAUCAAUUAGGCACACUGCCACACCGCUCUCUGCGUGAUCUCUCACUCAAAUAUGGUGAUAUGAUGAUGCUUCAGUUAGGGCAGAUGAAGACUCCAACUUUGGUGAUUUCAUCUGCGGAGGUGGUCAUGGAAAUUAUGAAAAAUCAUGACCUAGCUUUUUCGAACCGACCCCAAAACACAGCUGCAAAAAUCUUGUUGUAUGGAUCUACAGACAUUACUUUUGAACUCUAUGGAGAAAAGUGGAGGCAAAAAAGGAAAAUAUGUGUCCUUGAAAUUCUGAGCAUGAAAAGAGUGCAAUCAUUUGGUCUCAUCAGAGAAGAAGAAAUUGCAGAAUUGGUGUAUAAGCUACGUGAAGCAAGCUCGAGUGAUGCAUGCUAUGUGAAUCUAAGCGAGAUGCUAAUUUCAACAUCAAACAACAUCGCUUGUAAAUGCGCUUUUGGACAGAAGUAUGCAGGGGAUGGUUAUAGCAGAGUCAAAGAGUUAGCAAGGAAUGUUAUGGUUCACCUUGCAGCUUUCACUGUCAGAGAUUACUUCCCUUUGUUGGGUUGGGUUGAUGUUCUAAGUGGAAAAAUUCAGGAAUUCAAGGCCACUUUUGGAGAAUUGGAUGCUUUAUUUGAUGAGGUAAUUGCUGAGCAUUUGACAUUGAAGACAGAAGGUGACCACUCCAAAAAGAAAGACUUCGUGGAUAUACUCCUCAAACUUCAACAGGAUAACAUGCUUAACUUUGAGCUCACCAAAAAUGACAUCAAAGCACUUUUAUUGGACAUGUUUGUGGGAGGAAAUGACACAACUUCAGCAACAUUAGAAUGGGCUUUUUCAGAGCUUAUGAGAAAUCCAAUCGUAAUGAAGAAAGCACAGGAAGAAGUGAGAAGAGUUGUAGGUCAUAAAUCAAAAGUAGAAGAAAAUGACAUCAAUCAAAUGCACUACCUAAAGUGUGUGGUCAAAGAGACCCUAAGGUUACAUCCACCUGCUACUCUUUUGGCUCCUCGAGAAACAAUAUUUGGUGUGAAACUGAAAGGAUAUGAUAUUCCUGCAAAAACAAUGGUAUAUAUCAAUGCAUGGGCAAUUCAAAGGGACCCUAAAUUUUGGGAAAGCCCUGAAGAGUUUCUGCCUGAGAGAUUUGAAAAUAGCCAAGUUGAUUUUAAAGGUCAAGACUUUCAAUUUAUUCCAUUCGGUUUUGGGAGAAGGGGAUGCCCUGGAGUGAAUUUUGGACUUUCUUCUGUUGAGUAUAUGCUUGCCAACCUUCUUUAUUGGUUCGAUUGGAAGUUGCCUGAGAUGGACACACCUACACACGAUAUAGAUAUGAACGAGAUCUUUGGUCUCGUUGUCUCAAAGAAAGUACCACUACAUCUUAAACCAAUAACUCUUUUCAUUUUAAUAUAA